AAACUAAAUCGUCUCCAGAAGGAGAAGGAGGAGAAAAGUUAGCUGAAGAUGAGUAUGAGGAUGUGGGAAGCGUUGCAAGUGAAGAAGAAGAAGAAGAACCACCACCAGAACCAGAAAAACCUCCAGAACCAGUGAAGAAGAAGAAAAAAGUAGUAGUAGAGAAGAAGAUCUCUGAAAAUUUCUAUUAUAACUAUGAAGAACUGUGCUCAAAUCCAUAUAUAACUCCAGAUUCUGGAAUACCGGUGAACCUGCUCUCUCUUAAACAUUCUUUUGGAUAUGACUGCACUAGACGAGCAAACCUCCAGAUCCUGGAUAGUCAGAUUCUCCUCUACAUAGCUGGCAGCCAGUUAGUUCUCCUGGAUAUGAAAUCGAACUACCAGAGAUACCUUCGAAGCACAGGUGGUGGAGGGAUUGGUGUAAUCACGGCACACCCAGACAGAACUCAUUUUGCAGUAGGAGAAAAAGGUUGGAAGCCCAACAUGGUUAUCUAUGAAUAUCCUUCUUUAAAACCAUACAGAAUAUUACGAGGUGGAACAGAACAGUCAUAUGCAUUUGCUGACUUUAACCGUUCUGGCACCCUGAUAGCCACUGUAGGGGGUAGCCCGGACUAUACAUUGACAGUCUGGGACUGGAAACAAGAAAAGAUUAUAUUGAGAUCAAAAGCAUUUUCACAAGAUGUUUAUAAAGUCACUUUUUCUCCUGAAAAUGAGGAACAACUUACUACUUCUGGUUCAGGCCACAUCAAGUUUUGGAGAAUGGCUCUCACUUUUACUGGCUUGAAAUUACAAGGGGCAUUGGGUAGGUUUGGAAAGACAUCACUGACAGAUAUUGAAGGAUAUGUGGAGCUGCCAGAUGGUAAGGUACUUUCAGGUUCAGAAUGGGGUAAUUUGCUUCUUUGGGAAGGUGGACUCAUAAAAGUGGAACUCUGCCGACCUGGCCAUAAAAAUUGUCAUAGUGGUCCUAUUAGUCAGUUAAUUCUGGAUGAAGGAGAAGUGUUCACUGUUGGAACAGAUGGAUACAUUAGGGUUUGGGAUUUUGAAACAAUAGACACAGCUGAUGUUGUGGAUGAUACUGGACUUGUAGAGAUGGAACACAUAAAUGAACUUUUAGUAGGCAAAAAUGUCAGUCUGAAUUUUAUGAUGAAAAUUCAUGAACGGGGAGAACCAUAUUGGUAUGCUCAGGAUUUCAAUGGUGCUAUAUGGAAGCUUGAUUUAAGUUUCUCGAAUGUCAGAGAAAAGGAAAUUAACCGCAGAGAAAAAAUUAAACAACAGAAGGAGAAAGAAAAGCAGCAAUGGAUCCAACAACAGCUGGACAGGGGGAAAACACUAGAAGAAAUAGAAAUGCCUGAAGAAGUGCCCGUCGAAGAGGAACCACUUCCAGAAAUCUAUAUCCCAGAAACUCCAAGUCCUAUCCUUUGUGGGUUUUACUCUGAUCCAGGGAGAUUCUGGUUAUCAUUGGGAGAAUAUGACACAGGAUUUUUGUAUCACUGUGCAUUUUCCUCUGAGCAGCAAAAAGAUCCUGAGACUCGGCAGGAUGAACCCUUUGAUGUUAUCCCUCUUGAAGAUGCAGAUGACAAUGCCAUUCAUCGCAUCAGCUUUUGCUCCACAGGUUUAUUAAUGUUUUGUGGGAUGCAUAAUGGAAUAGUGAGGAUUUAUCCCCUCCACAACAAAGAACUUUGUCUGGACAACAUAGCUGGAUAUUGGUCAUUUAGUUUGCAUGAUAAUGACUAUGGGCAAAUUCAAGGGAUAUACUCAAGUUUUGAUGAUCGAUUUCUAGUAACUUGUGGAGCAGAUGGCAACAUCUUUGCAUAUGACAUUCUUUCUGCUGAGGAAGUUAAGAAAGUCCUGAAGACUAAAGUGCCCUCUCCAAGAAGCGGAUUAGACAAAGAGAAAGCGGCAGAUGAUAUUGAGGAUAUUUAUGCCUACAGUAUUGAGAAUGCCAAGCAAAAAAAAGAACAUGAUCAGAUAAUGAAAAUUGCAGAACGCAAGAAAUAUUUGAAGAGACAAGAACUGAUUUUAUUGAGGCAGGAAUUUCAGGAAUUGCUCCGGAUCAAUAGUGAAUUGCCCAAACACAUGCAGCUCCUUAGAGAACAAUUUGAAAUGGACCAGAGAAUUCGUGCAGAAAUGGACAGAAAGACUGCAAAAAGUAUUAGGCAAGUAAUGAGAGAACUGGCCUGGGAACAGGAAAAACAUCACAUUGGGUUGCGAAAAGUACAUGAACGAUACCGGGGCAAUUUGGAGUAUGACACCAUUUUGGUCUGUGCCAUGAGAAGUACUCACCGAAUCUCCACAUACAAACUAUUGACAAUCUCAGAGAGUUCAUACCGAGCCAGAAAACAAAUUCACCCAGGGAAAAGAAGAAUAAGCAAAUUUGAUCGGAAAGGAAAAGAAGGAGAGCAAAGAAAAGAUAGCCAAAGAGAUAUUAAAACAAUAGUUACAGCCCAGGCUGCCAUUGAUGAAGAACCAGAAGCUGAAAAAACAAGGAAAAAAUCCCAACCUCACACAGCAGCAAGCCGUAUUGUUGAAAAUCGAAUGGAAAAACUUAGGAAAAUUAUUGAAAAAGCAGACAAAGCCAAAGCUAAAAUCCAAAAAAGAAAAAUGGAGUGGAAUGAAUUAUUCAAGAGCAAACCAAGUGAUAACUAUGAGGAUCCUCAAGAUGUAGCAAAUAUCAAAGAAGCUCAAGAGAACAUGGGGGACUUCAAAUUAAAAACUGCCACUAACUACAAAAUUCCUGAGCAUAUGAGAAUCAAUGCGGAUAAAAAAACAAGCCAAUUGCAAGCUUUAGAAGCAGCUAUACAUGAGAAGAAGCUGACGAUGAACAAAUGGAUUGUGUCUCUCCGAGAUCUUAAAGUUGCUAUUAUAGAAGAGAUUCAGUGUGUAGUACAAGAAUUGAAAGCUAUACAGUCAUCUCUGGAUCCAUCCAAACAUCUGUCAAUACCUUUGGUUCCUCAACUACUUCCCGAAGAGACACCAGAAAAACAUUUCCAGUAUGACCAUGACAUGCUUUUGAAGUUCAAACAAGAAGCAGAAGACCAAGAGAAGAAAAUAACAUCAUCGAUUCCUUCUCUGGAGUCUGGAAGUUUAGGAGGAUUUGGUGGAGGAUUUCUUCAUAGUCCUUCAAUCAAGGAAGUAGACAGUGGUCGGAUUGCAGCUUUAAGGCCAGCAAGACUAUCAUCUGGAAUUUCUGAGCAACCACCUAAAAUAUUUGAGAUUCAGCCGGCAGAACCAACAGAUCUUGAAUUGGAAAUCAGACAGAGAGAAGAGAUAAGAAACGUUCAUCUGCAGGAAACUUUGAUCAAGAGGAUAGAUGAACUGAUGAUCACUUUUGAUGCUGAGCUUUGCCUUCUCCGUCACCAAAAGAUGAAACUUGACAUCCUAAUGAAAACAGCUGAUCUGCGCCACAUCACUUGGUUCGAAGAACUUCUUCUCCUGAAGAAUUUUGAAAAACAUGAGGACAUUCUCCAAGAACGUGUCAACAGCCUUGUUAGUGAAGAAGAAGAAAUGCAAAGCAAGUUAAAUGACUGGCUUGGCCUCAUAGAGAAUAAAAAAACAGAAAUUGCAAAGCUCCAAGAAAGAGAAAAAAUCCUCUAUGCCACUUUUCAAGCAUCCUUGGGAGAAAAUAACAAGUUUGCUACAUUCCUUACUAAAGUUCUCAAGAAAAAGAUCAAACGUGUUAAGAAGAAAGAAGUGGAAGGUGAAGGAGAUGAAGAGGAAGAAAGUGAGGAAGAGAGUGAAGAGGAGUCUAGUUUAGAGAGUGAUGAAGAGGAAUCAGGAUCUGAGGAUGAAGUCUUUGACGAUUCUGUUUGUCCAAAAAAUUGUGAUGAGUCACUCUUUGAGAACACGCUGCAGCUUCGAGAGAAACGACUAGAUAUUGAGGAGGCUUUAGUUGAAGAGAAAAAAGCUAUUGAAAAUGCCAGGAAAGAAUAUGACGCAUUGUCAAAGAAGGUGAAAGUCGUAGUGGCGAGCCUAGAUAAUGCAGAAGGGGAACUUGAGGCCUUUCAGAGAGAAAAGCAGCAGCGGCUGAAUGAGCUACAUGUUGUAGUGCCUCUAAAACUUCACCAGGUGGAAUAUAUGUCGAAUGGAGAAAUUCCCUCUGAUCUCUCACAGUCUUUGGUAUUUACCAAUCUAUCUUUAGUGAACUUGCAGCAAAGAAUUUUGACUUUGCAGCAGGAGAAAUUAGAACAGAGGUCCCUUUAUAAGAAAGCCCGGGAACAGCAUAAACAACUAAUUCGAGACAGAAGAGAAAUAGCACGUACGAUUGAGCAACUGGAAGAGAAAUGUAAUCAAUUGAUGAUGAUGAAAUUUGGCCGGAUUGUAAACUUGGAAGCCCUUCAGACUCUUUCUGUUAACACAAACCUAGAAGAACUCAGGAUGAAAGUAAUGGAGAAAGAGCAAAUUCAAGCGGUAGAAUUAAAAAAAUGGGAGAAUAAAAUUUUUGAGAUGCGUCAGCAGCAGAUGAUGGUAACAAAAGAAAAUACUAGUAAAAUAAAGCAAAUGAAUGCAUUUUGCAUAGAAAAGAUGAAACUUGAAGCUAAAGUGGAUUCACUGCAGAACAACUUGGGAGCAGAAUUUCAAGGACCUCGCAGAGCAGAUAUUGAGGAAAGGGAAAAAUUAAUUGCACUUGUUCAGCUGCAAGCCCAAGAAGCUGAAGUCUUGAAAGAAGAAAUAACUCUCCUGAGUCGAAAAGAUGGUCGUAUCUUCCCAGCCUCUCAAAAUCUUUUCCAGAGAGAUGAGAUUAUAGAUUAAAUAGUGUCCUAGUCUUGGGUUUGUUUUUUUUAAUAUAACUCAUUUCAUGUAUCUAGCCAGAAAAGUGCUUUUGAGACUUUACCCUUGUUUAUUUUAAUUCUGGAAGAAAUGCUCUGCCUUGAACUAUUGUUUAGGUUGAACUCUAAGAUGAUAAGUUCUCUGGAGAUGCAGUGAUUGAGAAAACCUGUACCAUUUGAAUGACAGUUAUUAAAGAUAUAGAAUCAUUCUGGAUAAAAUAGACUGUAUCUCUCAUUCUUCUAAUCAGUUGGGUUUUCUGUGGAUAUAUGAAGGGUCUCAAAAAUCUACAAAUAGUUCUAUUACCUAACCCAACAUACAUAUUUGUACAUGUCAAACAAGGAACAGUCUGCAAAUGGGAACUUGUUCUCCCGGUUUGCUGGUAAAACUGUGUCUAUAUCACAGUAUGAAACAAUAAUGUAUUACUACUCAAUGGCAUGCUGCACAUGAGAAACUGACUAAGCCAGACCCAAAGUAACCACCAAUAACCUGGAAAAUGGGGGCAAGCCUUGGCAUUCUGUCAAGAUGCUGUUGACUGAGAAAAAAAUUAUCAGCAGAGCAUUCUCAUAUCAUCACUAUUCCUUCUACAGUAUCUUAAACUGUUACAGACUUUGAAAUUGGCAGUGUCACUUGGUGGCUGCUCAGCUAUGUGAACUGCUUAUAAUUUUCAUAGCUAACAUAUGGAAAUAUUUUCAGAUUCUAAUUUAACUUUUAUAUUAUGUAAUAAAGCAUAUGGGCGUAAUUAAAUUUUAAACACUC